AUGUCGUGGGGCUUGGACCGAUGCAAAUGGUGUAUCGGGAGGAGACCGCCGCUGGAACAGUCCGACAGACUCCUCAGCGCCUGGGAACAUAUCCGGACGGAGAUUCAGGAGGAUAAGACUGCCAGGCGGAGGCACUUUGCAUCCAGCUUCCAGUUCAACUUCAUGGUGGUUUUCAUGACCUUAGCCAACACCGUCCUCAUAGGAUUGGAGAGUGACUACUCCAGAGGAUUCCAGUUAGAGGACCGUGUGCCGUGGUUUGCAUGUGAGAUGGUCUUCACAAUCUUCUUCUUCCUGGAGAUGUUGCUGCGGAUCAAUCAACUGAACUGGGACUAUUUUGUGGAUCCCUGGAAUGUCUUUGAUUACUGCCUGGUGGUCUUCAGCGUGGCAGACCUGGUGGUGAGCUUGGCAAAGGUGGACGGCAGCGGCUUGCGCUGGGCCGCCUCUCUGCGUGUCUUUCGAUCCCUACGCAUUGCGCGCGCGAUUCGGAGGGAGAAGAUGGUCAGGGGUCUCUUCAGAAUCACCCAAGGGUUCAUUGACGGUUUGCCCUCCAUGUUGUGGACCUUUCUGGCGGCCUUGAUCUUGGCCUAUAUGUUGGCCAUUGCUUUAACCUCCUUGGUGGGCUCCGACUUGGCCGCUCGAGAGCUGUGGCCUGAAGCGGAUCUCUACUGCGGGACCACCACCAGGUCCCUGUUCACCGUCCUUCAGAUCAUGACGCUGGACUGUGUGGCGGAACCGGUCCUGAGACCGCUGUAUCAUGCGGCACCCACGGGACUAUUGGUGACAUAUCUCAGCAAUUUGGUCCUCAGUUUCGGCGUCCUGAAUAUCCUCCUGGCAAUCAUGGUGGAACGGAUGACGAUCAUCUCAGGCGAGUCGCAGGAGUCGAAGGCCACAGCCAUAGCCAAGACAGAAAGGCUUCUGAUGACCUCGAUGCUGGAAGAAUUCACCGAAUACGACUCGGACUACAACGGCGAGUUGGACUUCUGGGAGUUCCGAAAGGUGCUGCGGACGCCGACGAUGAGCAAAAAGCUGGGCUUUCUGGGCCUCGGCUGCGAGGAAGCCGAAAGUCUGUUUGAGUUGAUGGACAUUGACAAGAGUGGCUCGUUGACGCCCAUCGAGUUUCUCACCGGCUUAUUCAAGGUGAAAGGGCCUGCAAAAGGACAGGAUUUAUGCCGUCUCAUCACGCUGGUUGAGAAGAACAAACGCAUGGCCACCAAGUGGGUCAAACGCGUCAGGUGCUUCGGUUGA